UAUAUAGUAUAUGUAUGCAUGUUUAUGUUUAGCCAUGAUACAAUGUUCCGGUGAAGCAACGUACAUGAAUGACGUACUAACUUCUUCAAACUCUGUUUUUUGUGCCUUUGCUAUUGCAACAAAAGUUGGCGCAAAUAUCGAAAAGAUUGAUGCUUCUGAAGCUUUGCAAACGCCAGGUGUGAUAGCUUUUUAUACAGCAAAAGAUAUUCCGGGAACUAAUUCAUCAUGCGACCCAUUGUUCGGCUAUGAAUUUGAAGAGAUUUUUUGUACAGAUAUUGUUAAAUAUUAUGGCCAACCUAUAGGCGUAUUGGUUGCACAAACAAAUGAUAUUGCGAACCGUAUUGCCUCCAAAGUAAAAGUGACAUAUUCAAGCAGUAUACAUAAUAUUUUAACAUCAACUAAAGAAGUGUUUGAAGCACAUGAAAUGAAACGUAUUAAUAUGAUAAAAACUUCGAAGUUCGAUGAAAUAAAAUUUUCACAGGAACCAGAUAUUAAUGCUAAAGGUCUUUUUGAAAUGGGUGGACAAUAUCAUUUUACAAUGGAACCCCAAACUACUAUCGUUGUUCCUUUCGAAGAAGCAUUUUAAGUUUGGGCAGCAACGCAGUGGAUGGAUCAUA